CGGAUGUAGGAAAGUCCCGCGUAUGUGGUUGGGGAAUUUCGGAACAAUUUGGAAGGUCGCCCUGAGCGGUUAAACCCUACUACGCGUAAAUUGUUAACAAGAGUUAUAGCUAUUUCAUGUUCCUUAUGCUUACGCAAGUAAUUUAAAAUAUCUACGAGUUCAAAAAUUAAAACGCUCUUCCGUGCCGAUGAUAAGAAUCUAACAAAACUUUAAUCGCGUUUUACCUGAAACGAGUGUGGAACAAUAUUCAAAACAUGUUUUGUACGAGAAGAAAUCUGAUGACUGGGAUUGCCGCGAUUAUCGCGAACCGGAGUUCGUCGUAUGUGCGUAUUUUCCAGACCGUGGCCGAAGACAUCAUGAAAUUUCCUUGCAAACCGUACUCGAUCGAUCACAGCGAUUUGCCUGGGGCGUGUGUUACGGUUUCAACGAAAGCACUGAGUCAGUGAGUAAAAAAUCAUUCAAGUAAUAAUUGAUUAACUUCAAUAUCAAUGUAAACGAUCUACUACAACACAAUAAGGUAGACUUUUCUUUCCCUUUUUCUACUUGAUAUUAUCCAGACAUAUAUCUGGAUAAGCACAUUUAUUAAUGCUUGACACAGCUCAAUUAAUCAUUGCGACGAAGAAGCUAAACAAAAAAGAAAAGAUAUGCGAUGUUGCGAUGCGCUCAAAUAUAUUAUCAAACACAUUCUUGUCACGUCAGCACAUGACGCCAGAAGUAGCACUUCAUCUCAUAACGCCUGAAUGUGCUAUUUAUCAUCAACCGAUUGGUGCAGAUUUCCCGUUCAAGAAUGAUCCAUUUUGGGGAUUCUAUUGGCCCGGCGGGCAAGCUCUGACUAGAUUUAUUCUUGACUAUAACGAUCGUUUCCGCAGUAAAUCAAUUCUCGAUCUAGGCUGUGGAUGUGGUGCUUCUACGAUUGCAGCAUUACAAGUUCAGGCAAGCCAUGUUACUGCAAACGAUAUUGACCCAGUUGCACUGCAAGCUACACUUUUAAAUGUGGAAAUAAAUGGAGUCAUGAAUGAGAGUAUGCUAUCCUUGAACGAGUCGAAUCUUGUCGGCUGUGACUCCGAGCUAAUAAAUUGUGAUAUUAUAAUAAUCGGAGAUAUGUUUUAUGAUAAAGAUAUUGCUGCUAUUCUACAUCCUUGGAUGCAGAGGUUGGCUCGGCAAGGAAAAGAGAUAUUUGUCGGCGAUCCUGGGCGACAUGGAAUCACAGAGACAAGUAUACUAAGAGAAAUGGAUCAUAUAGUACGAUAUACGCUACCCAACAAUGUAUGCCUAGAAAAUAACGGAUUUUCACAUGUAAAUGUAUGGCGGUUCCGGGAAAAUCUAUAAACUAUUAUGCUUGUACUUUAAAAUCCGGAAACAUACAUUCUAAAGAAUUACGUGAAAUUUAAUUUUCUCAAUAUUUCCAUUCGAGAGGAAAAAGUAGAUCUAUGUGGUUUCUUGUAGCAAAAUA